GAAAGCAUGUAAUUCUAAGCCAGACCUUUAUCCUUCAGUCAUCGUCAACAACACUAGCACCACCUGACAUUUGACAACAAGCAGACACAGCGACCGUACAUACGCGUAUAUGUAAUGUACAUAUAUAUAUAUAUAUUGAUUUGAUAUGUAUGUAUAUAGAUCUUUAUAGAGUGUUAAAGUUGGAGUAGUGAUUGGACGACCAAGAUGGCGUUGCUGCGGCGGUUCUUUUUCCGGCAGCCACCCGAUGGGCUCCUUGAGAUCUCUGAGCGAGUUUAUGUAUUCGACUCCUGUUUCUCUACCGAGGCUUGGGAUGAAGAGAACUAUAAGAUAUAUACUGAUGGGAUAGUCAGUCAACUUCGAGAUCACUUGCCUGAAGCAUCCUUCUUGGUAUUCAAUUUUCGUGAGGGAGAGGCACAAAGCGAGAUUGCUAAUAUUUUGGACACAUAUGAUAUGACCAGAAUGGAAUACCCUCGACAUUAUGAGGGCUGCCCUGUGCUGACAGUAGAGGUCAUCCACCAUUUUCUAAAAUCAAGUGAAAGUUGGUUGGCGCUUGGACACCAUAACAUGCUGUUGAUGCACUGUGAACAUGGCGGUUGGCCGGUUUUAGCUUUUAUGUUGGCUGCACUGUUGAUUUAUAGGAAGCAGUAUAGUGGGGAGCAGAAGACCUUAGACAUGGUUUACAGACAGGCUCCUCGCGAACUUUUGCAUUUUCUGUCGCCACUGAACCCAAUACCUUCUCAACUGAGGUAUCUACAGUAUGUAUCAAGGAGGAAUGUUGCCUUUGAAUGGCCACCGUUGGAUAGAGCGCUCACCUUGGACUGCAUCAUUCUCAGAUGCAUUCCUGAUUUUGAUGUAAGUGGGGGUUGUUGUCCAAUAUUUCAGGUAUAUGGACAGGAUCCCUUUUUUGUUGCUGAUAAAACCCCCAAAGUUUUGUACUCAUCACUGAAAAGAAGCAAGGCUGUCCGGGCUUACAAGCAGGCAGAAUGCGAACUAGUUAAAAUAGAUAUCAAUUGCCAUGUUCAAGGUGAUGUUGUGGUGGAGUGUUUUAGCUUGAAUGAUGACAUCAAACGUGAAGAGAUGAUGUUCAGAGUCAUGUUUAACACUGCUUUUAUUAGGUCCAAUAUAUUGAUCCUAAACCGAGAUGAAAUUGACAUGUUGUGGAAUGCUAAGGAUCAAUUUCCAAAGGACUUCAGAGUAGAGAUUCUCUUCUCAGAGAUGGAUGCUGCUGCUUCCAUAGUUGUGGGUGAUAUCUCGUGCUUCGAGGAGGAGGGUCUUCCAAUGGAAGCAUUUGCAAAAGUUCAAGAGUUCUUUAGUCAUGUAGACUGGUUAGAUCCCAAGGCUGAUGCAGCACUAAAUGUGCUUCAACAGAUGAGUGCAUCAAAUAUUGUCCAUGAGAUGUUGGAAAGUGUUUCUCAUGGGAGUGUGGAAAAUAACGCUAAGAGCUCCUUAUCUUUGUCCCCAGAGAUUCAGUCCAUGUCCUCACCUGAGCGAUCUCCUGGUUCUUAUCUGAGUAGAAAGGUAGCUGAGACUCAUGACAUUCAGAUUGCGCAUCAACCACGUAGGCAAUCUUACAUCCUCAGCUAUGGGAUGCCUCAAUUUUCUCAGUCAACCUCAGUCUCCUGUAAAUCUGUGCAAGAUGCACUUGUAGCCCAAACUUCUGGUAUGGCAAGUCAGCUACAUGAUCCUGCCUUACCUGAAAGUGCAGAAGUCACUCGUCUGGAAGUGGUAUCUCCAGCCAUUCUUGAUCCAACCUUUGCAGUUUCACACAUACCUGAAUCUGUAGAUACCAAAAUUGUUUCAAUUUCACCCACCACACCUCCUCCUCCUCCAUCACAUCCUUCCUCAACUGAUUGUUCUAGAAAAAAAUUUCCUUCUCCUCCCCCACUGCCACCUCAUCAUCUUUUAGAAACUACACAUUCUUCACUUACCAAUGAGAUAUAUUAUAGAGAUAAGUUGUCAGUGGUUAGUCCCCUGGGUGAUCCUAGGAUUCCAUUCUCAAAUACCCCUUCCAAUAAUUUGUUACCUAAUCCUCCUCCAACUGCACCACUUCUUCCUCAAACGCUUCCUUUGAAGGAAAAUCAAGUUGUUAGGAUUGGGCCGCCUCCACCUCCACCUCCACCCCCUCAUUCUAUGCAAAAUGCAAGUCCCCCAAUUUUUGCCACUAAUUCAUUACUUAAUCUGCCUUUAGCACCUGUAGUCACAUCAUCAUCAAGGUCUCUGCCUAAUUUUCCACCACCUCCAACUCCACCACCUCCUCCAACACCUCCUUUGAAGGAAAAAAUAACUGGCAGAGCUGGACAUCCUCCACCCCCACCCCCACCCCCACCCCCACCCCCUCCACCUCCUCAUUCUGGACAGGCUGCAAGUCCUAGAGUUCCAUCUCCAGUGCCACCACCGCCUCCUGCACACAUUGUUUCAUCCAAGCACUUCAACCCUGAAUCACAGAAUUCCUCUUCCAUUCCAUCUGCGCCUCCUCCUCCAGUUCCUUUUGUUAAAGGUUUCUCUAGGACAGAUAGUAACGGAAAUAGUGUCUCUAGAUCCCCACUUAGAUCUCGCAGUAGGGGGAAGGGGCACAUUCUGUCACGCACUAUAAGCUCAAAGAAUAAUCAUAUGAAAAAACUGAAGCCAUUGCAUUGGCUGAAAUUGACAAGAGCAGCAUCAGGAAGUCUAUGGGCUGAGGCACAAAAAUUGGGUGAAGCUGCCAAGGCUCCUGAGAUUGACAUUUCAGAACUAGAGAAUCUUUUCUCAGCAGCACUUCCGAGUUCAGAUCAUGCCAAGAAGUCUAUACGUGGUUCACUUGGACAUAAAUCAGAUAAAGUGCAACUGAUUGACCACCGGCGGGCAUAUAACUGUGAAAUCAUGCUUUCAAAGGUGAAAAUACCAUUGCACGACUUAGUGAGUUCAGUGCUUGCUCUUGAAGAUUCAGCUUUAGAUGUGGAUCAGGUUGAGAAUCUGAUAAAAUUCUGUCCUACAAAAGAGGAGAUGGAGCUACUUAAGGGCUACACAGGAGAGAAGGAAAAGUUAGGAAAAUCCGAACAGUUCUUCUUAGAGUUGAUGCAAGUACCACGUGUAGAAUGUAAGCUCAGAGUUUUUUCAUUCAAGAUACAGUUCCACUCCCAGAUUUCUGACCUUAGAAAGAAUCUAAACGUUGUAAACUCAGCUGCAGAAGAGAUCAGGAAUUCAGCCAAACUGAAGAGAAUUAUGCAGACGAUUCUGUCAUUAGGAAAUGCUUUGAACCAGGGAACUGCUAGGGGAUCCGCUGUUGGAUUUAGCUUGGAUAGCCUCCUUAAACUUAUCGAGACACGUGCACGGAACAACAAGAUGACUCUCAUGCAUUAUCUUUGUAAGGUGCUUGCUGAUAAACUGCCAGAAGUUCUUGAUUUUUCCAAUGACCUUGCCAGCUUGGAGCCAGCUUCAAAGAUACAAUUGAAAUAUUUGGCGGAGGAAAUACAAGCAAUAAGCAAAGGCUUGGAAAAAGUUAUACAGGAAUUGUCUGCCUCAGAAACUGAUGGCCCUAUAUCACAAAAUUUCCGUGAGACUUUAAAGGAGUUCCUUCUUUUUGCCGAAGCCGAAGUGAGGUCUUUGGCGUCAUUGUAUGCAGGCGUGGGUAGAAAUGUGGACGCAUUGAUCCUUUAUUUUGGAGAAGAUCCGUCUCGCUGCCCCUUUGAACAAGUUGUUUCAACUCUGCUCAACUUUGUAAGAAUGUUCAAGAAAGCCCAUGAAGAGAACAUCAGGCAGCUUGGGCUUGAAAUGAAGAAAACAGCAGGAAGUGAAAAGUCAAAUACUCCAAUACACACUGGAAAUGUUAAAGUAUGAGUGUUCAAAUGAAUUAUUCCCUUCUUGGGUGGAGAUUCAAAAGAUGCUCCGUGUGGCAAGAACAUUCGACAUUAGAGUUUAGUUUGUGCAAAAAACAGUUCUUGGUGUGGGGAGAAGCAUGUAUCUUGGUCAGUGGAUUGAAUAUGAAAUUUGUCCACUUUGUGGUAAGAUCUGCCCCCAUCUGUUCGAUCUGUCUAUUGAUUCCUUUGCUUUUCUAUAGAAGAGUUCAUAGAUUUGAUAAUACUAUUCUUUAGGGAGCAAAGAUAAUGGAGCUUACACGAUUCUGUUCUUGGCAGGCAACCUGUAUAUACUCCUGGUUCCGCUGACAAAAUUCAUUGUUACAAGUCCUUUUUUCUUUUUUCUUUUUUUUUCUUUUUUAUCAUUACAGGGAAAAUUGUGUCUCCCUUACAAAUUUGUUUCUUGUUACUGCAUUUAGAUCUCCUCACCCUUGCUCAGUUGCUCGUUCUUUAAAUUGAAGAUCCUCCUGUAUGUUUUGCCUUUAUUAUUGUGAUAUACGUAUGACGUCUGUUUUCUAUAGAUCAAUAAAAAAUAAGGUUC